GACAAGGAAGAGUUGGAAGAACUGAUGGCAGAAAUUAAAAAGAUAGCAAAUAAAGUUAGGGGAAAGUUAAAGGUUAUCGAGCAGAACAUAGAACAAGAAGAACAUUCGAAUAAGUCUUCGGCGGACCUUAGGAUACGUAAGACACAGGUAGGUGUGGCGGCGCCACGCGACGGCGACCGUCGAACAGGAAAUUCAGAACAAUGUCCAGUUACAUAAAACAUAAAUGUGACCCGCUGCAGCAAAACCAGGAUUAAGUAGGAAAUUUUACACAUUGAGUUAUGUGCAUAUCUGAAUAGAUCAUUUAAUUGCCUUUAAAAUGAUAUAUAAUAUUUGGCUAUAUCUAAAGAAUUGACUGAUCUACAGCAAUUUAAAGAUUGGAAACCGAUUUAUUCCAGAAUAUGCAGCUUUUAAGAUAAAGCGUUCCGGGUAAGGGGGGGGGGCCCAGUCAAGGAUGAG